UAUGUCAAUGAAAUUAAAAUAUUUAAAACUUAUUUAUUUUAGACGUUCAGCAAUCAAUUUUUUACUUGUUCAGUUUUAGAGAUAUAUCUUCUUCCCGCCUCAUUAAACAUUACAAUCGUAUAUCGUAAAAAAACGUUCACUUUGAAAAACUUGUUCAUUUAUCAACAAAAUAUUUUCCAUCGACAAGGGUAUGGUGUUCAACGGUCGAAAAUUUACUAUUUAUGUGGUUAGCUAUGGCAUUUAUAAAGUCAUUAGUUAAACAAUUACCAGAAUAUUUUGAAACGAACAAUGAAUCAGAGCAAAAUACAACAAUUAAUGAAAAUUGGUCGUGUAAUAAUGUUUUAGAGUCAGUAACAUUGGCGUUCAAUAUAUUAAGUGACGAUGAUAAUGAAUAUAGUAAUACCCUUGAUAACGAAAAUGGCGUUAUCAACCACAAUAAAGGACCGUUGGAAAAUUAUGAAAAGAAAUCAUUGGUCUCAUUAGAAGAAGCUGUUAAACCUAUACAGCAUUUGAUAUCCAAUCUAACAAGUUAUGUCUGGACUGCAAAAGAAAAUUGCAAAAAGCUGGACGGCUAUUUAACUCUAGAUGAAGCAGCUGCAGUCUAUUUAUAUACUAUGCAGUGCCUAUAUCAUCAAUUAAAUGCAGCAUUACGUUCAGAAAAGCGGGAGCAGAUAACACCAUACUACUCUUAUUUGAAAUUGAUACUAACAGCACUUUGGAAACUACCCUCCGAGAAAUGUCUUGUAUAUCGUGGUGUUAAAAGUGAUAUAAGCGCCCAGUUCGACAAAGGACAGAAGUUCACAUGGUGGGGCUUAACAUCUUGCACAGGUGCCUUAGGUGUACUGCAGUCAGAUCUGUUUCUAGGCAAAUCGGGCAACAGAACAAUGUUUAUAAUUGAAUGUAUGGACGGAAAAAUAAUUCAGAAGUAUUCACAUUUUUCUGAUGAAAGUGAAGUCUUACUAUUACCCUGCAGUUAUUUUGAAGUAUUGGACAAUAUAGAUCAAGGAAAUGGAUUGUACGCGAUACAUGUUAAACAAAUACAACCACCUGUGCUUCUCAUUCAACCCCCUUUCUCCGAAGGGAAACGAGAUUCCAUCUAUCUGUCUACACCAUAUACUCUAAAAUAG